CAGACUGACCCACCCAACCAAUUUUCCGUGGAUGGCGGGCCCCCUGGUCUACCGGGUGCAGCUUACCUCCCAAUGGGCGGAUCUGGAGGUCUGCGAGCCAGGCGCACGCAGCCCGGAGCUGGUGCUUUGCACCUGCGGCGCCGUGCUGCAGGGCACGCUGAGCAGCUCCUCAGUGGUGCGCCCGGGCAGAUGGCUGUUGGGCAAAUUGCCCACUGAGGCGCCUCUCUCGCAGCCCGAGAUGCUGCUGGGCGCCGUUCUGGCCGCCCCCGAGCGCCCCGAGCGCGGGGACCUGCCCAAGUAUGACCGAGCGGCGUUGUUGCACCUCGAGAAGGAUGGCCGGGUGGUCUUGGAGCAGGGCGACGGCGUCAUCGCCCGAGUGCAGGUGAGCAGCGUGGCGUGGCUCUUUGGGGAGAGCCAGCGGCUGGACGAGGUGAGCUUCCGGAGGUCCGGGAGCUUCCUCUUCCUCGAGGGCCUGCUGCCGCUGCGAGCCUACGGCGCCGAGGACCGCCAAGUGCUGAGCUUGCCCCCGGCCCUGCGGCCCCAGACCACCGGGCGGCGCUGCUACCUCUCCGUGUGUUUCCUGGACGGCCACAUCCACAUGCUGAAGCUGAGCUACGCUCAGGGCCGGCUCUGGGCGUGCGCCGGCCAGGUCUUGGGCCGAGCCAAGGACGGCCACACCUUCGACGUGCCGCGGAAGAACCCUACGCCCAUCGAGGCGCCGGUGGGCGGGGUGCGCUUCCCGCUGGCCGCGGGGGCGCCGCUGGAGCUGCUGAAUGGCGCCAAGCCGCCGCGGCAGCAUGCGGCCAGGAAGCAGCUGGCGUAUCUGGGGCUUCAGGAAGAGCAGGCCGAGGCGGGGGAGGAGUUGGACGGCUUCCAGAUCGCCAACUUCUCGCGCCAGGGGAGUCUGGUCCUCCUGGACGGCGCGGUGCUGCUGGCGCCAAGGCACCGCUUCACCGCCUUCGCGCGUCUGCCCCCCAAGUGCCGCCCAGAUCAGCGCCUGACCCUGCUGGUGGCGCGGGAGAUGAAGGUUGCCGCCAAGAACUCCACCGGCCUCGCCAUGGAGAGGCUGGACAUUACACCAGAUGGCCUCUUGCUGUGCCCGCAGUUGCCGGAGGUGGGGGAGCUGUUUGCGGUUCAUCUUCAGGGCGCCGUCUUCGGCUGCGGCGCCGGCUCGGUGGAGCCGUCCGCCCUGGAGGAGGAGGACUCGCCGUCGCUGGCCUACCAGCGGCUCAGGGACUUGGAGGCCCGGGACCGGCGCUUCCGCGAGAAGUUCCGCUGCGUGGCGGAGUUCAAGGAGUUCGAGCGCACGCUGCAGUGGUUCCGCGCCCACGACUGCACCGAGAGCCACCGCCUCACCCACAGCUGCUUCAAAGGCCGCUCUGACUUCACGCAGACGGGCAUGUUGGUCUUUGACACGGAGGAGGACCUGGAGGGUUUGAACAAGGCCAUCGCCUGGCUCUACGACCGCCACAUCCCGGUGGUGCUGAUGGAGAGGCAGACCAAGGUCUUCCCCCUGAUCUUUGAUAUGGAUCUCAAGGUCACCAGCAAGGCCUUCCUGGACGCGGUGCCCUGGCGCGUGAAGAAGAGCCGCCCCUGGCGCGGGCCGGUGGACGUGUGCCGCUGGAAGGGGGCCGACCACUUUGUGCUGUCCCAGGACUUGGUUCUGCUGCGGAAUUUGGGGAUGAUCAUCUUCCAGUUCUUCCCGGAUCUGCCGCUCAUCGACUUCUGCAUCUUCAAUGCCUCUGGCUGGGACCGGGUCAAGGAGGUGGUGAAGGUGUCGCUGCACCUGGUGGCGCCGUAUGUCCUGGUGACUCCGGAGCGCCUCACCGCCAUCCGCGAGAGGAUGCUGGAGUACCUCGGGGAAUGCUCCGAGGUGGCGGAUCACCCGCUGGCGAAGUUGCUCCAGACCUAUGUGGCGGAGUCGGACGACAACACCUGGGACAAGGUGGUGGACCAGACGGUGACCAGCGGCACCAACGGGCUGCGAAUGCCGUACUGCGACAAAGCCCACAGGAUCCUGAAGCGCGAGUUCGUGGAGCGCAAGGCGCGGGGGGAGUUCUUCACGGAGAGGCAGCUCAUGGACCAGCACGCCUACCUCAAGGAGGAGGCGGGUCGGCCUUGCCUGCCAGAGGGGAUCUUGAGGCUGUCUCUGGCUGGCGACAGCGCCCUUCCGGAGGCGCGGUGGAUGUGCAAGGCGCAGGACCUGCCGCUGGAGGAGUGGGUCCGCCUGGGCCGCUGCCGCUACUCCUGGCGCCUGCCGCUGGCGCCGCCGGGACCUACGCCCUGGCGCCCGCCGCUGCAGUACCAGUGGGCCGAGCCCGCGCCCCUCUGGGAGGACCGGAGUCAGCUGAAGGGCUCUCCCGUGGUGCGGAUCUUUCGCGGCAGCUCACAGGAGUUCCGGAAGAAGUGGCAGGCGGGGCUGGCGCAGACGCGGCUCUACGGGCGCUGGCUGGGCUCCGCAGACGCGAGGUGGCGCGGAGGGCUGGAGGAGACCUCCGGCCACGAGGUGCGGUACAUCUUCCGCGCGGAGCGAGUGGUGCUGCUGCUGGCGCCGGAGGCUUCUGCGGCGCUGAGCUUCACGGAGUUCCGGAAGGUGCUGUCCGGGUGGACGGAGCCGGACGACUUCCUCUGCGUCCCCGUGCUGGGGGGCAGCUUCGACUCCCACUGCUCCGCGCUGCACACGCUGGUGGCGCCCUCCGAGGAGUUCCCCACGAUCCAGGCGGCCCUGGACGCCGUGCCCUCUGACGAGCCCUUGCACCGGGUGUUGCUCCGUGCCGGCCACCACGAGGUGCAGACCUUGCUGGUGACUCGCCCGGUGCUGCUGGAAGGCGAAGGCAGCUGGGAGACCACGCUGCGCGCUCGGAACCAGCCGGUGCUGCGGGUGGAGGGCCCCGCCGCACACACCGCCAUGGUACGGAACUUGCGGUUGGUGGUGGUGGCGAGCGAUGAGGAGGAGGGCGCCUGCGCGGUGUCCAUCGAAACCGCGGGCGAGCCCGGGGUGGUGGGCUGUUACCUCUCCGCCGGAGGGCGCUGGGGCACGUGCAUCCGCACGCUCGGCGGGUGCCCACAGCUGGCGCGGAACUUCAUCUCGCAAGCGAGGUGGGGUGUGGUGCUGGUGCAGUGUGCCGGCCGGGUGGAGGACAAUAGCGUGCGCGGCCUGGGGGAAGCGGGGCUGGUGCUGGUGGGCGGCAGCACCUGGGUCCACAGGAACCAGAUGGCGGACUGCGGUGGGCCGGCGGUGCUGUGCGUCGCUGACUGCCGGGCUGUGCUGCAGGCCAACGACAUACGCGACAGCCUCUCCGGCGUGCGAGUGCUGGGGAAGCGUUCUGAGCUGCAAAUGCGUGCGGGUAAUCGCCUACUGCACAACGGCCUCACGGACGACCACCAGCUGGAGGCGCCCCCUGGGGUGAUCCCGGCGGGUGCCACGGCAACUGUGCGCAGCUGCAGGCCCUACGCGUUUCUGCCGAAGCGGGACGAAGACCUCUUGGUGCGGCUCAGAAGCUGCCGCGACUUCGUGGAGCUCGCGGUGCUGGUGCGUGCGGCGCGGCGCAAGGGCUUCUUCUUCGAGGCCUGGCGCGCCCACCGCCGCCUCAGCGCGCUGCGCCUCGCGGCGCCAAAGGCGGCCAAGGCGCCGAGCGCCUCCGCAGCGCCGGCGCGGCGGGAGGCGCUGGUGGCGGCCAAGGACUGGGACGGGCCCAGGGAGGGCUACCCACAGUGCGUUUCCAUCGAGCUGGGCACUCUUUGCGAGGUGCUGCGCACCGUGAGGGGCUGGCUGCUGGUGUAUACCUCCCAGCAGCAGCGGGGCUGGUGCAGCCCACAUGUCUUCAGCUAGCGAAUCCCAUUUCCGGGCGGUUUCUCAAAAUGGAGAUGCUUUUUUGCGCCCCCCCCC